AUGGAAGCGUCGCCGUCGCCGCCGCCAUCACCGCCGCCACGCACCAUCCUCGGGAAGUACCAGCUCACGCGCUUCCUUGGCCGUGGCAACUUCGCCAAGGUGUACAAGGCGCGGUCCCUAGUGGACGGCACCACGGUAGCCGUGAAGGUUAUAGACAAGGCCAAGACUGUAAACGCCGCCAUGGAGCCCCGUAUCGUGCGCGAGAUCGACGCCAUGCGCCGCCUUCAGAACCACCCGAACAUCCUCAAAAUACACGAGGUCCUGGCCACGAAGACAAAGAUCUACCUUGUCGUCGACUACGCCGGCGGCGGCGAGCUCUUCUCCAGGCUCUCCCGGCGCGGCCGACUCCCGGAGCCCCUCGCGCGGCGCUACUUCUCCCAGCUCGUCUCCGCUCUCCUUUUCUGCCACCGCCACGGCGUAGCGCACCGCGACCUCAAGCCGCAGAACCUCCUCCUCGACGACGCCGGCGAUCUCAAGGUCUCCGACUUCGGCCUCUCCGCUCUCCCGGAGCAUCUCCAAGAUGGCCUCCUCCACACGACCUGUGGCACGCCGGCCUUCAUCGCGCCGGAGAUCCUUCGCCGCGUCGGCUACGACGGCUCCAAGGCCGACGCCUGGUCCUGCGGCGUUAUCCUCUACAACCUCCUCGCAGGUCACCUCCCCUUCGACGACUCCAACAUUCCAGCAAUGUGCCGCCGAAUCUCCCGCCGGGAGUAUCAGUUCCCGUCGUGGAUCUCGAAAUCCGCGCGCAGCCUUAUCCACCAAUUGCUCGACCCUAACCCUAAAUCGCGAAUUUCGCUGGAAACCGUUUUCGAUUAUAGAUGGUUGAGGAAUAAGAAACCGGUUUGCAGUAACGCGUUGGAAGAGAGUGUUCUGGAGUCUGAUUUGUAUAACAAGUGCUGUGACGGUUACAAGUUGGGAAUGAACGCGUUUGACAUAAUAUCGAUGUCGUCGGGGUUGGAUUUGCGAGGAUUGUUCGAAUCGACGUCGGAGAAAGGGAGAAGGAGGGAGAAGAGGUUCAGUUCGGAGAAGAGCGUGGAAACGGUGGAGGCGAGGGUGAAGGAGGUUGGGGAGAGGUUAGGGUUUAGGGUAGAGGUUGGGAAGAAUGGUGCGAUUGGGUUGGGAAAGGGGAAGGUGGGGUUGGUAGUUGAGGUGUUUGAGAUUGUGUCUGAGUUGCUGCUUGUGGCUGUUAAAGUGGUCGACGGUGGAUUGGAGUUUGAGCAGCUUCAUUGGGAUGAUUGGAGACAUGGCCUUCAAGACGUUGUUCUCUCUUGGCAUAAUAACAAUAAUGAUGGUACCAACAACAACGACUUUGUGCCAAACUAG